AUGGCGGACAAGCAGCAGGGCGCGGCCAAUGACAGGCUCCGACCGCCGACAGCCGAAACACUUGUCAUGGUGGAUUGGGGAGGGGUGGCGGCGAGAAAGCCCCUGGAUGGCAUGGCAGUGGGUUGCAUGGCGGGCAACCGCUCCAUGCUCACACGACAUGGCAUGCGGCUCAGUACAGCGGCGAGACGAGGUGGCAAGCAUCACGAAACCACAGAUAACGGCGGUGUUGGAGCAGGCAGUCGAGUGGUCGAGGGCAGCAGACGGGCUGCAGGCAGCACCAAUCAAAGGCCAGGUGGCCGCUUGAAAGCGCAAUGCACCCGACCCAGAUCAGCAGCGGCCAUGGAGGCGGCGCUUGGGGGGCUAAGCCUGCAUUGGCACACGACAGCUGGUGGUCUGGAUUGUGCGCCCUCUGUCUGCGUGUGCGUGUGCGUGUGCGAGUGCGUGUGCGUGUGCGUGGGCGAGGGAUCUCAGUACGUGGACUCGUCUGAGUGUACAGGCAGGCAGUCGGCAGCCACGGCCAAUGUUUCAGACGACGUCUUUGUCCGUCCCACCGUCAUCACCGCAGCGGGACCCGUCCGGCCAGACGUGCAGCGUGCACCUGCAACGGGGGCAGAGGCAGCGACGAGCACGCACACGGGGGGGUGGGUGGCUCCACUGAUGAGAGCCAUGAUGCAGCACCAGCAAGGACUGCCGUGUGAGACGGGCCUGGCGACAAGACGAGCCUCCGAAGCUGGCGGACAGCAGCCAGCGGACAGCAAGCAUAGCGAGUGCGCCCUCCCUCGUCCGACGCCGCCGUGA